CUCGAAACCUCUGGGAGUAAAUGAAGGGCUGUGAUUGUGUUCCCUUUAAAUAAACUUCUACAUUGAGAUCAUCUGCUCUCUGAAGCUUCAUCACAAUGAUCACCUCGCAUCUGGUGGCUUGUGGACUUAUUCUGACUCUUCUAUCAGCCAGUACAGAGACAAAACCAUUAACGCAGGCGGAACAGAGGUCUCUCAGUGCACUAUUUGGAGACGAGCUGUCCGAGUUCCUAGCAUCAGAUGAGAGUCAAAGAAGGGUGGAGGACAGAGCACGCCUUCUCCGGGACUUCCGAAUGGACACCCGGGCCAAAGGCAUGUGGGCUCGGAUCAUGAACGACCAGCCCGGAUCAAGGAGACACAGAGCUGGAUCUAAGAAAGGCGGAACGACAGCCAGGAGCGGAUGCUUUGGACACAAGAUGGAUAGGAUAGGAACAAUGAGUGGAAUGGGUUGCCAACCGUCUCACUACCCCUCUGUAAACAAUCUUUCAUGAGCGCAUCAAGGACGUCACUGAUUUUGGAUAGAGUAGGAACGACUUAGUCUGUCCUGAGGAAAGACAUCAAAGAAUGGGACUAAUGGUACGAAGCCACUACAAGCACCAAUUGUGGGGACAAUGACACAUACAAAUGAUAUAAAAUCAAUAGAUCAAACAUAUGCAUUAAAUAAAAGACACAGCGGAUAAUGUGGAUAAAAAGCUGUAUAUUGUUGCUGCUGCUGUACAUUCAUGUAUUUCGUUCUCGCAUAAAUGUAUUUAUGUUUUAAAAACUAUUUAUAUGUUUAUAAAAGAGAUAUUUAUAAAUAUGAGUUUUAUUUAUGUAACAUUUUGCAAUGCAAACUGCAGGUCAAUUCCGUUUGUAACUUUUAUGUCUCUAAUAGUUGUAAAUGUAAGUAAAUGUUUUACAAACCAUUAAAAUGCACAAAAAGAAAACAAAAUCCUGCAAGUUUACUUUUGUAUAGUGUUUCAAGUAUUUCUCAGUCUUAAUCAUAAGAAUUUUGCAAAAAAAUGUUUAUUGCAGAUACAAGCUAGGUCUCAUCCCUUGAAACACAGAGAAUUUAGAUGGGGGUCCAUGAACUGAUAUAGAAAAGAUAUCAAUAUUUUUGUUUUAAUGGAAAACAUUAAAAUAUGGGUAAAUUUUUAUAUUUAAAAAAAACAUUGCAUAAUUUUUUUCUAUAUAAUAUAAAACCAUCUUUAAGCA